AUGACCCACUCACUCCAUGAUUCCGGAAUUAACCUGUAGGGCCAACUCCAGUGUCUACCCGCAGGUACCUGCAUCCCUGUUUUGUUUUUUUUGAGUGAAUCCUCUAUCCCUCUGAGUCUCUGGAGCUCCUGCAGUCUUCUCUCCAUCCAGUGAGCCUGAAGAGAUGGAGCUUUCAAGCCCUUCCAGAGACGAAUGGCCUAAGCACCUGAGCAGGAUAGGGACCAUGGCUGUCGGCCUCACGGUAUUGCUUCUACUUCAGGCAGUGUCAUGGGCAUCAGGUGCUCGCCCCUGCAUCCCUCAAAGCUUUGGCUACAGCUCGGUGGUCUGUGUCUGCAAUGCCACGUACUGUGACUCUCUUGACCCCCUGACCCUUCCCACCCUUGGCAACUUCAGCCUAUAUGAGAGCACACGUAGUGGACGUCGGAUGGAGCUGAGUAUGGGGACGGUGCAGACCAGCCGCACAGGCACAGGGCUGCUACUGACCUUGCAGCCAGAACAGAAGUUCCAGAAAGUGAAGGGAUUUGGAGGGGCCAUGACAGAUGCUGCUGCUCUCAACAUCCUUGCCCUGUCACCUGCUGUGCAGAAUUUGCUACUCAAAUCGUACUUCUCUGAAGAAGGAAUUGAAUACAACAUCAUCCGGGUACCCAUGGCCAGCUGUGACUUUUCCAUCCGCAUCUACACCUAUGCCGACACCCCUGAUGAUUUCCAGCUGUGCAACUUCAGCCUCCCAGAGGAAGAUACUAAGCUCAAGAUACCCCUGAUUCACCGAGUCCUGGAAUUGACCCAACGCCCCAUCUCACUCUUCGCCAGUCCCUGGACAUCACCCACUUGGCUCAAGACCAAUGGGGCAGUGAAUGGGAAGGGGACACUCAAGGGUCAGCCGGGGGAUAUCUACCACCAGACCUGGGCCAGAUACUUUGUCAAGUUCCUGGAUGCCUAUGCUGAACAUAACUUAAGGUUCUGGGCUGUGACAGCUGAGAACGAGCCUUCAGCAGGGCUCUUUAGUGGGUACCCCUUCCAGUGCCUGGGCUUCACUCCUGAACACCAGAGAGACUUCAUUGCCCGUGACUUGGGUCCCACCCUCGCCAACAGUACUCACCGCGAUGUCCGUCUGCUCAUCCUGGAUGACCAACGCCUGCUGCUACCCCACUGGGCCCAGGUGGUGCUGGCAGACGCAGAGGCAGCUAAGUAUGUUCAUGGCAUCGCUGUGCACUGGUACCUGGACUUUCUGGCCCCAGCAAAAGCCACCCUGGGCGCGACACAUCGCCUGUUCCCCAACACUAUGCUCUUUGCCUCAGAGGCCUGUGUGGGCUCCAAGUUUUGGGAACAGAGUGUGCGGCUAGGCUCCUGGAAUCGAGGGGUGCAAUACAGCCACAGCAUCAUCACGAAUCUUCUCUACCAUGUGGUUGGCUGGACUGAUUGGAAUCUUGCCCUGAACCCCGAAGGGGGACCCAACUGGGUACGCAACUUUGUCGACAGCCCCAUCAUUGUGGACAUCACCAAGGACACGUUUUACAAACAGCCCAUGUUCUACCACCUUGGCCACUUCAGCAAGUUUAUUCCUGAGGGCUCCCAGAGAGUGGGGCUGAUUGCCAGUGAGAAGAACGAUUUGGACACGGUGGCACUGGUGCGUCCCGAUGGCGCUGCAGUUGUGGUCGUGCUGAACCGUUCCUCUAAGGACGUGCCUCUUACCAUCAAGGAUCCUGCCGUGGGCUUCCUGGAGACUAUGGUACCCGGCUACUCCAUUCACACCUACCUGUGGCGUCGCCAGUGAUGGAGCAGGUGCCCAAGCAGGCGCCUGGGUUCAGUAUGGGUAUUAAAAAGGACAGAGCCAGUUCA